AUGGCCACUGGCCUCACCAACUGGCUCGAGGAAGCUAUCGCAAUACAAAUACACCUAGGCAACAGCUUCUUGAAAGAGAAGGCCUCAAACAAGGCGCUAGGGAUCAAGUCCGACCCCGUGCGAGCUUGGGAAGGUGUGUACGAGGAUACAGGCAGCUCCUUGGACAUAAUCGAGACGAUUCACCCCGAACACAACAGCAAUCUGCAAAUUAUCAAGAAAUAUCCGCUCACUCUCACGGACGGCAAGGCCUACGUCGAAGCGACGCUCACGCGCGAAUGCCACAGAGACCUCUAUACGCGCUACCAACGACUACGAAUUUCCACCGCGAGCUUGAACAGCGUCAUCGCAGUCCGAAACUACACGAUCCGCAUUGCUAGCUACGGACCGCCGCGCGACAAGGUCCGCUUCUUCCUCAAUACAAUUGAUUGGCGGGGUGAAGGUAGCAGAGGGGAUAUCGCCGGUCCGAGGCCCAUAACAGCUUGUGAGAAAAUCCAGGACGCUUUGCGGAAAGUGGAACGUACAAGAGCGCUAGAGGACCGCCGAUGCUUUCGCCGGAACUCUGGCGAAGAGGAGGACAACAUGUCGCCGGGUAGGGGUCGUGUGGCUGAUGGAGACCUCGAAGGGACCUCUCCGCACACUCAGAUGCCGUUUGGUACUCAGAUGGUGCGUCCCUCUCGGGCCCCGGUAGAAGACGACGAUGUGCAGGUCCUGGGCGUGAAUAGGCUGGAGCCUGUUCUCGCUGGCAACACGCGCAGAGAGGAGCUUCCGGCGGACAAUACCGGCUCGCAUUCGGCGAAGCAAGCCGCUUUAUUGAAUCUUCUCAAUCGCAACGGAAACCAGAAUGCCGGACAGCGGACUGCCCCUUCUACAGGUGGAUUUGCCCGAACCUCCGCUGUUAACCAACCUCACGGCCUAGGACCUUCUCCAUCACAGCUACGGAGCCCUCUUACAAUGCGCUACGGCCCACCCGACAGACCACAACCAGCAUCGCCAAUCUCGACGAUCGGUAGAACGGAGUCCUUGAGGGCAGACAGUGACGGUGGUGGCCAACACGACAUGGAUGUUGAGAUGAUUUCCGAGCCGCAGGAAGUUGAACAACCUCUAGAUGAACCCUUCGGCAUUGAUCAGGACGACGACGAUCUGGAAGCCGCGAGACCAGCCUGGGUGAAGGGAUUCCAAUUGACGCGCGAGUCGGCGAAUCCACCACAAGACCAAUUGUCUCUACUCUUGAAACCGGAAUGUUGGCAAAAGCCGCUCCCUGGAUACCGGUUCCCUGAUGGGAAUAUUCCAAUUCGAAUAUUAAUAGCGCUUGGCGAACGUGCAGCUGAGGCCGCGGCCGCGGCCGCUAUGUCGGAUGAUGAGAUGUACGGGCCACCAGAAUCGCCAUUGCGUGACCAAGAUCACGAUGCAGAAGAGGAGCCACCAACGAGUGAGCUUUCUUGGUCACCUACGCCGACUCCCGAAAUGCCUGAAUUGCCACACCGACCGAAAAGGGUGGAUCAAGCGCUGCCUCCAGAUUCGAGCCUCGGUGCUGGAAAAGAUGCUGCGUAUCCUGAUGGCGAGGAUGGAGCACAUGCAUCGGGUAGGAUGCUGUCACAGCCCGUCACUGUUGAGUCGUCAAACGAACAUGAACCCGCCGGGCCUCCCUCGUCGCCUCCGCUUGUUCCAGCAAACGAAGAUUCAGACGAAGAGAUGGAAUUGGAAACGGCGGUUCCCCGCGGCCUAGGAGAGGAUCAGUCAAGUGGUGAACGUGCAGCUGCCUCCAAGCCGCCGCCAGUCGCCGUGGUCCAGGUCAAAGAUACCCCGUACGCGAAGGGGAAAAAUGGGCAGGUGCCGAAGGUAAACUCUCCUGAAUCGCUACGGCAACAGACCUCUAGCGGGACGUCGAAAGACACUUCGUCGACCUCAAUCGUGUAUUGCACCUAUAAAGAGCCGAACUCCUCGGGCGAGCGCCGCGCUGCUGUUAGUGCUGGCGCCAAGCUUUCCACAACAGCUGGCGAGGCGCCAGAUAGGCAAGAACGCAGCGUUGAACCUGCUGUCGCGGAGGAAGCUUCCGCCCAUGCUCAGAAGCACGUACGCUUGCCUCCUGCCGAAACCAGCGACAUACCCAUGGCAGAUGCAGACUCUCCGGGAGCGGGUAAAUUUUCCAAACUCGAGCUUACAACCACCACAAGUGAUCCCCAGGAUCAGGAUAUGCCCCUUUUGCAGCCUGAACCCACACCGGUCUCUUUCCAGAUGCCACCCAAGGAACUUAGCUCGUCAGGCGAACAGAUGGUCCACCGCCCAGAUGACUUGGAGCAGCCAAGGCCUAACGCAACCGAGCCAGUCGCAGCUAUUCCACUCGCAGCACACACGAAGCGCAAGCUGGACGAGUCGCCAUCCAAGAAGAGCAGCCGUCACUCAAAGAGGCGAGAGAUCAAGAUAGUGGGGUUUGACGAUGACUCGCCCGUCAAAGAUACCGCUGCAGCAGUUCGGCAGCUGAGGACAGAGUCGAUGGAGAAAUUCAUGGAAGGACGGAGAUCCGACGCAAGCGUCACGACCACGUCGCGGAUUUCGCCGAACGGCCUACCACCCCGGAAAGAGCGCAGUUCCUUCACGGCGGAGCUCGAUGCUAGAGCCGGUGCGGAAAGGCUGACUUCUCCUACCUACAAGAUAUCGCCCAGUAGAACAUCGCUGCCGUUCCAUUCUACCUCUGCCACUACUUCUCCUCGACUCAUGGUGCGCCAGGGCAGAUCACCUAAUGGACGAGCCAGUGAGGCUCGGGAGAAGCAAGAAGGCGUCAGGAUAGGGAAACGGAAGGAGCGAGAUGCAGGCGAUCAUUCCAACUCUCGGGGAAGGAACGAGGGUCCGACGGAGGAACCUAGCAUCACAAGACCUCCUACCACGACGUCACCCCUGUCUGCCGCGUAUAGAACCGACACUUCGCGCAUGGAAAUGGAGAUCGACGAACCCCUAGAGGUCCAGAAAGCAUCUAAGGAAAUCGUUCAUGCUGCCCACAAACCUCCGUCUCAGGCCCCUCAAGGCCCUGUCCCAAUGUCAAACCUUCCAUCGCCAGCUAGUCGGGGCAUUGCUACGCAAACGGCACAGCCGAAUACCAUCUUCCAAGAAUUCAAAGCGGCGUAUCCCGAGUACAAAGGGGAUGAAAAGCACUUCAUGGGCCAGUGUAAGCAAAUGUACAAGCUGGACAUGGAGGACAAGAUGGUGCCGAAAUGGCAAUGGGACGACUACAUCAUUCGGAACAGGACGGAUUAUAAGAGCUACGUCCUGGCGUGUAUGGAUACUGGGGAAGACGCAGAGCCAUAUUACAGGUUCUACAAGGAUCAGAUCAGGGAUACCAUAUACAAAAAGAGUGUCAUUGACAGCAGGAGGACUCUCCUCGCCGCCCUAGAGGAGCUUGGAGCGCAGCCUGCAAUCCCUGAACCGAUUGCGGAGCCCGCUACGAAACCUUUCAGGAAGUCCCUACCCUGGGGUACCAGCCAACACGAAGCAGCCGCUGUGGAACCCGUGCAAAGCUCACUAGGCGACCGUCCACGGCACUCCCUCCCAGCAGGUACUCAUAAGGGCCUUCAUUCAUCCAAUGGAGGCUCCGCGCUUCGGUCUAGCUCUUUGCACAAAUCUGCGACCCUUGCUCCCAUCCAACCCACCGCACCCGCCCUCUCACGAAGCGGCACAUCAACGCCCCUCUCACGGCGUCAAUCAGAUAACAAUCCUGCGUCGAGCCGUGCUGACGGCGCAUCCAAGAUCCCAACCGAGCCGACUGGCGACGAGUACCGCGACUUUGUCUUUGCGUAUCAGCGCAUGACUUCGCUUACCGGCAGCACGAGGGUUGAUCCGCGGAAGAAAUGGCCGGCGAAUCUGGCUGUGCGUCCGGCGGCUGCGGUGCCGCGGGAGAAGGUCGAUGUCCUGAGCUGGAAGGACGAGUUGUGAGAAAAUUUAAGCCACAUGCAUGAAUAUCUGGGGUAGUCGGCACACUGCUUUGUUUGCUUUGCAUAGUUGGGCGUUGCAUGGAGAAGAGUGACAUUUCGAGGCGUUUUGGGAUGCAAGGUAGGGAUGAUACCCCAUGGUGUUUUCCUUGCUCGCCGGAGAGCCUUUGGUAGGACUGCUGCAUGGAUUGCGAUUAUGAUUACCCACAUUGGUCCCUUUGGUGUUACUCUGCCGCGUAGAUAUGAAAACAUGCGGCCUCAAUGUGCCGCACUAGUUCAUGUUGGAAUACACAUAUCGU